GCCGGAGGGUGUCGACAGGUUGUAGGUUGGAAACAGCCUGCCAUCGCUAGAACAAAGAGCUGGAUGAGGAGGUGCUGCUAACCCACUGCGCGGCAAACUAUACAUAAUGUUCUCCCGGUUAAGAAUAGCCGUUUCCCCCUGCGCAUUGGCAUGCCGUAGCAUGCAUAGGAAGGAAAAAGGCAAGCCUUUGAUGCUUAACCCCAGGACAAACAAGGGUAUGGCUUUUACCUUAAAGGAACGGCAGAUGUUGGGGCUUCAAGGACUCUUACCGCCGAAGAUUGAGACGCAGGACAUCCAAGCUUUACGUUUCCAUAAGAAUUUAACCAAAAUGACGGAUCCCUUAGAGAAGUACAUCUAUGUGAUGGGAAUCCAGGAAAGAAACGAGAAGCUGUUUUACAGGAUCCUACAAGAUGAUAUCGAACAAUUAAUGCCGAUUGUCUAUACACCCACCGUAGGCCUUGCGUGUUCCCAGUAUGGACAUAUUUUUAGAAGGCCAAAAGGAUUGUACAUUGCCAUAACAGAUAAGGGCCACAUCCGGUCUGUUGUAAACAACUGGCCAGAGAAUGAUGUGAAGGCUGUUGUCGUCACAGAUGGGGAACGUAUCUUGGGCCUUGGGGACCUGGGAGUGUAUGGAAUGGGAAUCUCAGUUGGCAAACUCUGUUUAUACACCGCCUGUGCGGGAAUAAAACCUGACAAGUGCCUUCCUGUAUGCAUCGAUGUUGGAACUGACAAUCAGACACUUUUGGAAGACCCAUUUUAUAUGGGAUUGUAUCAGAAACGAGACCGCUCACAGGUUUAUGAUGAGCUCAUCGAUGAAUUCAUGGAAGCCAUUGUAGGCAGGUACGGCCAAAACACCCUCAUUCAGUUCGAAGACUUUGGCAACCAUAAUGCCUUCCGCUUUUUGAGGAAGUACCGAGAAAAAUAUUGCACUUUCAAUGAUGACAUACAGGGGACCGCGGCAGUUGCCUUGGCUGGAUUAUUGGCAGCACAGAAAGUCAUUGCAAAACCCCUCACCGAGCACCGAAUCCUCUUCCUUGGAGCAGGAGAAGCUGCCCUUGGUAUUGCAAAUCUCAUCGUCAUGGCUAUGGUGGAAAAUGGUCUUUCUAGUGAAGAUGCUUACAAGAAAAUUUGGAUGUUUGAUAAAGACGGCUUAUUGGUAAAGGGCCGGGCGGAAAAGAUUGAUGUCAACCAGGAGCCCUUUACUCAUCCAGCUCCAGAGAACAUACCAAAAUCUUUUUUGGACGCCGUGAGGAUUCUUCAGCCUUCUGCCAUUAUUGGUGUUGCCGGGGCUGGAAGGCUGUUUUCUCAUGAUAUUAUCAAAGCGAUGGCCGACAUCAAUCAGAGGCCCAUCAUCUUUGCAUUGAGUAACCCUACUGUGAAAGCAGAAUGUACGGCUGAGGAGGCGUACACGCUAACAGAGGGCCGAUGCCUCUUUGCGAGCGGCAGUCCGUUUGGGCCUGUGAAGCUGAGUGACGGCCGGUCCUUCAUACCGGGCCAGGGAAACAACGCCUAUAUAUUUCCAGGUGUGGCUCUUGCUGUUGUCCUGAGUAGCGUCCGGCACAUCAGUGACAAUGUAUUUUUGGAAGCGGCAAAGACGUUGUCCCAGCAGCUGAGUGAGGAAGAGCUUGCAGAGGGAAGACUUUAUCCCGCACUUUCCAACAUCAGAGAAGUGUCCAUUAACAUAGCUAUAAAGGUCAUGGAAUAUUUAUUUGCCAAUCACAUGGCGUUCUAUUACCCAGAGCCAGCAGACAAAACUCAGCACAUACGAUCCAGAAUCUGGACUUCGGAGUAUGAAUCCUUCCUCCCAGAUUUGUAUGACUGUCCAGGGUCUACAAACUACUCAUCGGACACAAGGCGUGUUUGAAAUAUCCACUGGGAACCCUUUUCCAGAACCACAUUCGAAGUAGGACCGCUGAAGACCUAAAACUUUCUUUUUGUGCUAAAUACGACGGAACUGGGCGCAUAACCGACAGUGGGUUUGCUCCCUCGGUUGGCCUUCCUCUCUUCUGAGGCGCAUUCCUUUGGACGCUUGGGUUGUCUGCAAGAGAAAUGAAAUGUAAUAUAUUUUCUAUUCUCCCUGAGAAGCUAAUUGAACAAAUAAGAGAAAACCCUUAGUUCUUUUUUAAAAACUUUUAUUACCGGUCUGCUGUGUGAUUAAGGUUUUUCUGUACUGUCUCAUUGAUGUCUGUAAGCUGCAUGGGUUUACAUCAAAUACCAAAUUGAGAAGAGAUGUUAGUAAGCCAAGGAAAGAGAUUUGGCCUAGCCUGCCUUCCUCCUUCCUCCUUCCUUCCUUCCUUCCUUCCUUCCUUCCUUC